UGAAUACUGCAUGUUGUCUCUUUCUAUUACUCAUCAUGGCUCGCAACUAGAAAGACGUGUUAUUUGUGUUUUCCUGUGAUUAAUUGCCUUACGAUGGGUUUCUAGUUUUGAAACGUUUGCACACCUGCGUGUGCCUUCACAAGUUAUAAAAAAUGUUUGCCAAAAUGGCGCCUUCCAAGGACAUCCCUGUCCCUCGACAACAACCAUCAUCAUCAACGGAUCUCGACCAAUUCCGAUUAGACCUUGCAUCUCUGUUUAACAUCGAGUACAACAUCAACAACAACAACAAUGAGUUUGAGCGAAUCAUGGACGUGGUCGCUGGCUUCGGCCGACGGCCUUCUCACUGAAAAUGAACGCUUUUUGCUGCACGACGUUGAUCUUUUUAAAACCGAUGAAGAUCUUCUGAAGAGUUUUCCGUCCGCUGCCCCGAAGAUCGAUUUCAACAAACUUCUUCAAGAUGACACGUCGAAUACAAUGUAUCCGCCGUCACCGCCCGACACCAAGCCCAGUCGAGCCGAACUUGCUAACGAUCUUCUGCAGCAGUUGGAAACUCAAUGCAAACAAGAAAACAUAUUUCAAAAUUGGUUAGAAGAGAAAGUGGAUCUUCCCAUUUUCGAAAACAUCUCUCAAGUGUCCGAGCGCGUGGAGGCGCCUCCCGCUCCAGUGCCGGUCGCGCCGCCAGCGGCUGCCUACGCGCCGCAGACGGUGCCGCAGCCGACCGAGGUGCUGCUGCGCGAGUUCGAGACGGUGUACGGCGCCGUCGAGCUGACCCACCUCACGCCGCCGCAGAGCCCGCCCGGCCCCGCCACGCAGCUCCUGCUCAGCUACGCGCAGCAAGCGCAAUGCGCCCCCCUCGCGCCCACGCUCCAGCUGGUCCCCGUGCUCCCGGAGACGGAGAACUGGAACAUCAUCACGCCGGACUAUGAUUGCAACUCGCAGGCUCUCGAGGAGCUGGUCCGCCACCGCGCCGCGCAACUAGCCUCACCGCAGCCCUCCGGUCGCAGCGCGUCCCCAUCCCCGCACUCGUCCCCGCGCUCGUCGCCCUCAUCUUCGCCGCGUUCGUCGUCCACCGACGAAGACUGGUGCAUCCCGUCCGGACGUCCCAAGCCUUACUCCCGGAACGUGGACGACCGCCGCUCGCGCAAGAAGGAGCAGAAUAAGAACGCGGCCACGCGCUACCGCCAGAAGAAGAAGGCAGAGAUCGAAGUGUUGCUCGGCGAGGAGCUAAACUUGCGCAAGCGACACACCGAUCUCGGUGACAAGUGCUCGGAUCUUCAGCGUGAGAUUCGCUAUCUCAAGGGGCUCAUGCGUGACCUGUUCAAGGCGAAGGGCCUUAUAAAAUAGGUAAUAAGAUCUAUCAUUACGUGAAAGAAUAUUAACCACACCGCGCGAAACGCGGUCUAUUGAAUAUUGUUCAAAAGAAGUUAAGGAGUUUAUUAAGUUCUGAUGAUAUACUUACUUUUUAAUUUCUAGUUAGCUAGAUAAGUUGUAUUGUUUGCAUCAUAUAUUAACGUCGAGCAGCAUAUUGUAGUCACCCGUGUCAUCGUCGAGGGCAACAUCUGUAUAACAUCUUAUUACGGUACAUUGGUGGCGCUUCUAUUUCUCAUCUUCAUCAUCAUCUUUCACUAUUUUUAAGUUUAGAGGAUAGGUUGCAUUCGUUGUGAUGAAACCAUGAACUUCAAGUUGUAAUAAAUUACAGCAGCAUACGGUUAUGUUGUACAAAUUUUAUUUUGUAUUAUGAGAUGUUGUUCUGUUUUCAUACAAUAUAUGGGAUGCGACGGCGGAAUA